CCCGCAAUUCAAUCAUUCCCAUCCACGAGAACUUCCUCCAUAAUCCAUCAAUCUUCCUACUUCUCCUCCACCUCUCUUGAUCGCCCUUCCUGUGCCCACAGGUCGUCAUGGCUCCCGAGUCAUCCUCCCAGUCACCACAGGAGAUGCUCAACUUUACCUCUACCGCCUCGAUCCUGACCCCGCGGCUGGGAAGACUGGUCGUUGCGGGCAGGAAACCCAUCUCCACGCCGCACUAUAUCCCUUUGACAUCUCGGGGAGUUGUGCCCCAUGUAACGCAUGAUCUCAUGCGCGAUCAAACUGCCAUUGGCAGUCUCUUUGUUGGCCUUGAAGAUUUCAUAGAAAGACAAACCCCUAAGAACCCGUUUCCUCCUGCAUAUACGGUCCCCACGGGGCCGAACCAGUCGGCGCUGCGCAACUUCAUCUGUCUCCCCGAUGACAUCUUAUUGAUCAUGGGCCCGCGUCGCGAGCCGCCGAUCAAAUGCCCUCCGUCGAACACCCCCAACUCCGUCGCGAUCCUCACCUCGGUGGGCUACAGACAACUCGAGGCGAACCACUACCUGGACGCCAUUCGACACCUGCGGCCCGACAUCAUCAUCGGUCUCGCCGACCUCAUGCAGGGUCACAACCCGGGCAACAAGCGGCGCGGAAAGAUGGUCGACCGGACCCAUGCUUACACGACGCAUGCCACGGAGCAAUUAUACAACAACAAAGACACCAACAGCCGGUUAAAUACGGUCUACUUUGCACCGGUGCUUCCGCUGGAGAAUGCGGAACAGUCCAUCUAUCUGCAGGACCUGGAGACCGAGAUGCGUCGGUACAUCUCCGGCCUGGCACUAUACGAGUCGGCCUCGCUCUCCGCCGUCUCCGAAGGGCUGGGCGAUCUCCCACGCCUCCUCUUCGGCGCGCCAGCGACUCCCCACGAGAUUCUACGCGAUGUUUCCCGGGGUGCGGACCUGCACACCAUCCCCUUCAUGAGCAUCUGUUCCGACGCCGGUAUCGCCCUGGACUUCACCUUCAUCCCGCCCCCUUCAUCCCCGGCGCCGACGACCUCGCGUCCCCCUAUCCCGUUAGCCUAUGACCUUUGGUCCUCCGACUACAAGACCGACACGCGCCCUUUCUCGGAAUCCUGCCAGUGCUACGCCUGUCGUCACCACCACCGCGCCUACCUCCACCACCUCCUCUCCGCCAAGGAAAUGCUCGCCUGGUCCCUCCUGCAGAUCCACAAUCACCACAUCAUGGAUGUCUUCUUCGCGCAGAUCAGAGAGAGUAUCGAACGGGGUACCUUCGACGCAGACGCCGAGGCGUUUCAGCGGCGAUAUGCCUCCGAGCUCCCAGAACCCAAGGGCCAAGGGCCACGACUACGAGGUUACCAACUUCCCGCCUCAGGCCCCAAUCAGCCCCGUCGCCACGCCCGUGUCUACGGCCGCCUCGAUGACGCGGCGGAGAAAUUCGCCGAGUCGCAGUCCUCCGUGGCGACUCCGGAUACGGGUGCGGAUGGGCUGGAGGAGCAUGGGUUCGCCGAAAAAGUUUAAGGUCGAUGGGGCAUGGAACUAUUACGCCUGAAUUCUUUUUACUUCGAACAUUUUGAUUCGGGGAACAUGCAUUGCUGGCAUAGCGUGUAGCGUACAGCGCAUGGCGAUAGUAUUG